AUGGCUGCUCGUCUUGUUCUUGUGACUCGGGCUUGCACCCCACCCACAGCUAAUCGGGACCACAAGGCAAAGGCCGAAUCUCCCCCGGCAGCGGCCGCUGCGACGACAGCUUCAAGCUCCAAGGUCGCAGCAGCAGCAUCACAAGGAUCUUCGGGCUACGUAGCGCCAGCAGUGGAUGUUCGGCCCGUGGGGCCGUGGACGGAGAUCACAACCUUCGCCCUGGAUCUCGGCGGCUAUAACAAGCCAGACAUUAGCAUUGACUUGCGGCUAAAAGGCGUGGAGAGCCUUGCGGCGGAAAAUGUCACUUGCGACUUCAAGGAGGACUCCUUCGACCUCAAGGUGCUCGGCCUGGACGGAAAGAACCACCGCUUCGUCCGCACGAACCUCGAGAAGGACAUUGUGCCUGCGGAGUCCAGCAUCAAGGUCAAGAAAAACCAUGUCAUCAUCACCCUCCGCAAGGUGAAGGGUGAGUAUGGCUACGACUCCUGGACAGACCUCUGCGCGAAGGGCAAGAGGAAGCCCACUGCUUCGAAGUCGGAGAACCCUCAGGACAGCAUCAUGUCCAUGAUGAAGGACCUGUACGACGAAGGCGAUGAUAACAUGAAGAAGAUUAUCGGGGAGGCUAUGUACAAAGCCAGGUGA